AUGAGUCCAAAUGACCCCGCCGGGGUGAAGCACCUGACCGAUCUCGUCCACGAGGAGCUGAUACCCUGGGAGACACUGCACGUCGAGCAAGAUUACGACCGCUGGCUGCAAAACAUUGUUGGCAUUGCCCACUACGCAGGCCUGGGGGAUCACAUUGACGAAACCAGCACCGGCCCUCUCUUCCCGCGCAUCAGGGAGUGCCUCGUCUGGAAGCUCCAGAACGUCAAGGCCUGCAUCUUCAUACUGGAGUGCAUGAGCUUGGAGAUCAAGGAACCCACCGAGAGGCUCCUCAUAAACAGCGACAGCAGCAGCGGCCACAGAAUAAAGAGCUACUGGGAGGUGGAGGCCAGGGAUGUCCUCGCCAUGGCUAAGCAUGUCUGGUGGAGCUUGCAGCCCGACAACGAACUUGGCGCCGUGCGCCUGGAGCAUUCGUAA